GCACAUUCCAUCAAUAGAACCCGUUCCGACUUAUCAACAAUGACUCCCCUGAAUAUCGCUAUAGUCGGAGGCGGUCUCGGGGGCCCGGCCGCAGCCAUUGGCCUCGCGAAAAACGGUCACGUUGUCAGCAUUUACGAGCGAUCCACUGCAGUCGAGGCCAUAGGAUAUGGUUUCCGCAUCACGCCAAAUUCAGAUCACUGCUUGAAAUGGCUGGGUAUAGAUGUGGUGGCUGGGGGAGCGGUCACAGCUAAUACGGCACGAAUGAUGGACCGCGAGGGCAGGGUGACCCGCGAGUGGAAAGAAAACGAGGAUCUGGAGGCGAUGAAGCAAGGAACUUCUGUUUUUGCGUACAGAGCUGCACUUCAACGUCAACUCCUUGAAAAGGCAUCGGAGGGUGGAGUUGAAGUCAAGAUAGGUGUCAAGGUGAUAUCGGUCGAUGUGUCUAACAACACACUUUACUUUGAUGAUAAGACUUCCACAUCUGUCGAUCUCAUCAUUGGAGCCGACGGCGUACAUUCGCGCAUACGUCCACAUGUUGUCGACAGCUCUAUACUUUACCCGAAACCAUCAACUGGUCACUCCUGUGUACGUUUCAUGCUCUCUACAUACACUCUACUAAGCGAUCCAAUUGUAUCUCGUAUGAUCGACGACAGUUUCAAGAUGCUCUCUUGGAAUGAUCAACAAGACAAACGCAUUGUUGCAUACGCGGUCGAUUUUGACAGAUCUUGGAUCUUCACUUGCACGCACCCAGAGCAACUGUCUCUUCAGCAGACGUCUGAGGGCAGCCAAGCUGACACCAUUGCAUACAACCAGAAAAUCUCACUAGAAAGAGUCAAAGAAAUCUACAAAGACUUCGAUCCUCUUGCGCUGCGAAUACUCGACCUCACCGACCCAAAUGGGUUCCGUGUUUGGAAGCUACUUGACAUGGACGAACUCCCGCGUUGGAGCGUCAAUCAUACCGUCUUGCUAGGCGACGCCUGCCAUCCAGUCGUCCCGUACGGUUAUUCGGGGGCAUCCAUGUCGAUUGAGGAUGCGGUCACACUAUGCGUGCUCCUGCCUGCAAACGUGGAAUCCAGCCAGAUUCAAGACCGUCUCCAGCUAUACGAAAAGAUUCGAAAGCCACGAGUGCGAAGAGUUCUCGAGGUCAGUCGGGAGGUUAGUCAUGGCAAGGAGAACCGGGAGUUGGUGGAGGAGUAUUACCAAUUUCUAGUGUCUCACGACGCUAUUGAGUUUGCGAGAGAGGAACUGGCGGGUCAUUUGACAAAGUCCCACUGACAAAGGAAUGUGACCUGGACUUGAUGAGUUUCAGUUGAGUUUCUCAACGGGAUAAAAUUAUGCAACUACCGGGGCUGGCAUGAGUAGUCUCGGUUUGCGACUUACACACCCCUUUUUCUUUGAUGGUAAAACCCCCAACUUGAUUUCGUACAAUGGGGAGCAACGGAU